AUGGCGGAACAGCCAGAGAUGCCUCAGACAGCCAAGCUACAACCAUCUAAGACAACUAAGACUAAGCAUGUCAAAGCUGCAGCCAAGACUAAACACCUUCCCAGCCACAGCAAACCCAAACGCCCACGCUAUGCCUCUGCUCCAACCCACACUAGAGCAGUCCAGGAACAGUUAUCAGACGUAUUUCAUUCUCCUGCUGCUUCCUCUGACGAAGAGGAAUUUGCGGGUUUUCCUGCACAGCCAACAACUAGCCAGCCUCCUCCAAUGUUGCCGCCCAGGGCUUAUCCGAUGUCACAGUCCACGGCGCCAACUACUCAAGGGCCUCCAUCUGCGGCACCGGGGCUGCAGCUGUCUCAUGAGUUCCUUUCACAGUUACAAGGCAUGUUGUCAUUUUUACAAACGCAGUCACCACAGGUCCCUGCCAUACCUCAGCACAGUACGAACCAAUAUGUAUAUAAUGAGGCAAAUUCAUCUUGCUCCCCAAAUCCUUAUAAUACUGCCAGAGGCAGAGGUAUUGAUGACUUCUCGUGUGGGGCGGAGUCACCCUUCGUUGAACAAGACGAAGGUGACGAAUGGAGUGAUUAUUCGGAACAUGAGGAGGAUACCUCGUACCGCUUGUUCAAUGCCUCCGACUAUCAGCCUCUUGUUCGCAGGGUAGUUAGCACGCUUGGUCUCCAAGCUAUUCCACCUGCAACUACCACUCCAGCUAUUAAAGGGGCCAGGGUUCUGAAAUCACCUGCACCAGUAGAACAUUACCUCCCGGUGCCAGAUCCCAUCGCAAAACUGGCCGCCGACGAAUGGGCUCAUCCCUUGCAAGCUCGCCGCUUCAAGAAUCUUGUGGACAAGCUUUACUCUCUGGCUCCUGACUUUACCAACAAACUGGCCGUUCCCGGCAUAGACGAGCCUAUUACUAGUCUUGUUUCUCGCUCUCUUUUGCCACGGGAAGGGGAAUCCCAACUAAAGUAUGCUACUGAGCGGAGGUUAGACUUCGCUCUACGCAAGAAUCAUGAGGCCACCGCUUUCUCCAUGCGUGCCUCCGCAUCGGCUUCUAUUUUCUCCAGGGCAGCAAUGAUGUGGCUGGAUGAUCUUCUAGAGGAUCCUAAUCCUGAUCCUGCGUCGAUGAGAAGGUCACUAAUAAAGUUGUGCGAGACAGCGGCGUUUCCCUUUCGAGGAACGCGGCCAGGAGGACGAGACCGCGACUUCCGAUCCUAUAACACCCGUCCCUUCCGGGGAGCCUGGAACAGACGUUUCCAGGGCAGAGGCCUACGGCUGGCUUGUCAACUUCGACAAAAGCCAUCUUCACCCAACCCAAUGCCUACUACAUCUAGGGGCGACGUUGGACACCCUGCAGGCAAUGGUGUUCCUGUCUCCAGAUCGCAUCACUGCCAUCACAAACAUCGCAAGGUCCUUGAUGCAACAAACAUUCACAGAUGUCAUGCUUCUAGCCAGGGCACUCGGAAUGUUCAUCUCUACCAUCCAUAUUGUGCCAUGGGCUCGAGCCCACACUCGUCACCUUCAGUGGGCUUUGUUGCCUUUUCAACAGGACAUUGCCAGCUCCAAUCAUCGCAAAGUUCCCUUGAGCCCCGCACUGCGCCUUUCAUUCCGCUGGUGGACGAGGGUCCAACAUCUUUCCAAGGGCACUCCGUUCAGAGAACCCCGCAGAACUGUUGUCACCACAGAUGCCAGUCUCAUCGGCUGGGGAGCCCACUGCAACUCCCAGUAUGUUCAGGGGGUUUGGUCCACCGCAGAGCAGACUCAGAGCAUCAAUUGGCUGGAGCUAAAGGCUGUCCACUUAGCUCUACUUCAUUUUCAGUCUCUGUUCCCUUUGGACCAUGUUAUCAUUCGAACGGACAACACGUGUGUAAAAUCACAUUUGAACACACAGGGGGGCACCAGGUCCCGCCCUCUGCAGGACCUAGCCUUCCUCAUCUUCGUCUGGGCAGAACAACAUCUACAAUCCCUGAAAGCAGAACAUCUCAGAGGGAUUUGGAAUGUGACAGCAGACUGGCUCAGCAGACAACAGGUUUUUCCGGGAGAAUGGAAGCUUCAUCCAACCGUUUUCCAUCAUCUUCAGUGUCGGUUCGGCACCUUCUCAAUCGACCUGUUUGCUUCCAGUCGCAAUUGCCAGCUUCCCAGGUACUUUGCCUGAUACCUGGACACAACAGCGGAAGCAGUGGAUGCUCUGUCAAUACCAUGGCCAGACGGUCUUUUGUACGCCUUCCCUCCAAUACCACUGUUAGCCAAAAUCUUGAGGAAGGCGCGGAGCGAGAGGGCACGGCUGGUUCUGAUAGCACCAUAUUGGCCACGCCGACCGUGGUUCUCGGAUCUUCUUACAAUGUCAGUGAUGGAUCCUUGGCCACUACCAGUCAGGCCAGACCUUCUAUCCCAGGGUCCAAUAUGGCAUCAGGACCCCACUUGGCUCAAUCUAACAGCGUGGCUUUUGAACGGGGACAUUUGAGGUUGGCUGGCCUGUCUGACGCUGUUAUUGAUAUUAUCUUGGCCUCAAGAAGACCAUCUACCACUCGUAUUUAUCAACAUACUUGGGUAGCUUUCUCCAAGUGGUGCCAGUCCCACCACCACGAUCCUUCCCAGGCCACCAUGCAACAGGUGCUGCAAUAUCUCCAUAGUGGCUUUAUGAUGGGACUUAGACCUAACACCUUACGUCGACAUGCCUCGACUUUGUCGUCUAUUCUUUCAGUGUCUUCUUCUGGUGCGACUAUUGCCUCACAUCUGUUCAUCAAACGCUUUCUGAGGGGUGUUGCUCUACGAUCCCCGGCUGUUGUCCAUCGGUUUCCCUCAUGGAGUUUGUCAAAGGUUCUGCAGGCUUUGCAAUGUCCUCCGUUUGAACCUAUCAGGACUGUGCCUCUACGUCUGCUGUCCUUCAAGGUCUUGUUCCUGAUCGCAGUCACCUCUGCGAGAAGAGUUUCGGAACUGGGCGCAUUGUCUUCUGCUCGCCAUCUCUGUGUCUUCCACAAGGACUCUGUUGUACUGAAGACUGAGCCUUCCGUCCCAAGGUCGAUUCAGUUUUCCACUGCAACCAGGACAUUGUUCUUCCUUCAUUUUGUCCGAAUCCUUCCCAUCCUCUCGAGGAGGCUUGGCAUUCGUUGGAUGUUCGGAGGGCUCUCAAGACCUACCUGUCUCGGACCCAGGAUAUACGACGAACUGAGUCUCUAUUUCUUCCAGUGCCAGCUAGCAUAACUGCUCAUUCAACCAGGUCAGUGGCUACUACGGCUGCUUUUGCUACCAACGCUCCUGUUGCUGAUAUUUGCAGGGCUGCCGUUUGGUCUACCCCACACUCAUUUAUAAGGCAUUAUAAAAUAGAUUGCUAUGCCUCUGCUGACUCCUCUUUUGGCAGAUGAGUGUUGCAACAGGUUCUUAAUGAGGAUUAGCAUGUGGGUGGUCCCUCCCUGUAUGGGCUGCUUUGGUACAUCCCGCAGUGAUGGCAGGACUCAUAUGGAAAAUGGACCAUUGGUCUCACCUGAAGGGUGAUUUUCAUAUGAGUAUGGCCAUCAUGACCCUCCCAGUUGGAGGAUGACUAGACAUUUUCUAAUGUGUUAUAUAUUACUGUUACGCUAUUAUAUUUUUAAAUUUUCUAGUGAAGUCAAGACUGCUAGUUCUGUUCUCUCGCUAUAUUGGAGUCACGUUAUUAUGAAUGUUAUUGUGUCAUUUUACUGCUGGCAGGCCUGUUGGCCUUGUUUUUGUAUUUUUAUAUAUUUCUCUUUAGACUCACUGCGAAUGAACUGGAGAGUGGGAGGGGCCUGACGCCCCUAGUCUUGACUUCAAAAACAUUCUUGCCUUCGCACAAUAGGUGGAGCUAUAACCCGCAGUGAUGGCCGUACUCAUAUGAAAAUCACCCUUCAGGUGAGACCAAUGGUCCAUUUUCCCCAGAAUA